UGUUAUUCUACACGAACACAACACUCGGAUAAUCCACUGAUCAGUCAUGCCUUUGGUGAAUUUGUCUGGGUCAAAGGGGAGGCUAGUGCUGAGCACUCUCCUUAUUUGUGCCAUAGUCUUUGAGUCAGCUUAUUGUCAAAAAGAUGUUAAAGAACAGAGGAACACUCUGGGGAGGAAGCCCAUGCAAAGCAAACCCACUGGGAAAUCAAUAAAUAAAGGGUCCAGAGCUGUAACAGCCAAGCCCAAGAUUCACGUUGCAGCCCAGAGACAGACCUUCCUCACACAGGUGCUAAAUAGAAGGACAUUUAAGAAGGUGGGAGAAACCAUAAGUGUGCAGGCAGGAGACACUCUGGAGCUCAGGUGCAGAGGUAAACCUGUGCAGUGGAGUGUCCCCUCAUACCUGGAAGAGGAGGACGAUGGAAGGCUGAGGAUGGUUCAACAUGAGCGAUAUGGCGUUCUGACAUUGCUCAACACUACUGCUGCGGACACAGGGGAGUACACCUGUUAUCCAAUGUACUGCGAUGACACAAACUGCAGGAAGGAUUAUGACAAAGCUGUCAAGGUCUUUGUCUUCUUUCCCGACCCACAAGAACUAUUUGUCCCAUCAUCUGACUACUACAAGGUGAUUCAGCUGAGGACCAAUUGGCCAACUGUCCUCCCCUGCCAGGUGACAUCCCCUGAGGCCAAGGUAACUCUGCACCGUGAGUUUCCACCAGUGGAGGUGGCAGUGGAUGGGACGGAGAUCUCCUUUAAUGUCAAGAAGGGCUUCGUGAUCCAUCGACCCCGGCCAUAUCACACUGGAGCCUUAUACUGUGUAGCCAGCCUGGGCAACCUGAGGCAGAGUUCUACCAAGUACAUGCUCAUUUAUGUCAACUACCCCAUGGCGCCUCCUGCCCCAGUGAUCCAGGCCUCUUCCAGCUCCCUGGUUGUGGGGGAGAACCUGCAUGUCAGCUGCACCGUGGUGGGAGAACAGGAUGUUGCCGUAGAGUUCACCUGGGAAUACCCAGGACAGCAGAUUGGGAGGCCUCCGUACACACAGGAGAGCAUCAGUUCAGUUGGCGGAGGAGCAGCCCGACAGCGGUCUCAGUCUGUUCUGCUGGUGGACGAGGUGAGAGAUGUGGACCAGGGUACAUACACCUGCACUGCCCAGAAUCUGCAAGGAGCCACAUCGGUGUCCACUUCUGUCAAAGUGGUCCCCAAAGCAAAACCUAGGAAACCAUGAGCCACCGAGCUGCAUGACGCCUCAGUGAGAGUGAACACUCAGGUGCCGAAAUUUGCUUUGCCACCAUAUUAAGCAAUUUCAUCACACAUGAAAACACAAUCACAAGAACAUAUCCUCUUCUUGCUGUAUGUAGCUAUAUAAAUAACAGAUGUACAAAGCAACACUGAAAUAAUAUAGAUUUUGUUGCUUGGAUGAAUGUAGGUAAA